AACGUAAUAAUAUGGUUAGUCUGUGGUGCAACGUUAGACGGAGUGCUUCGCAACCUGAAACGGGAAUCGGGAAACUUUAUUGAGUCGUAUUUUGAAGUUGUUUAAAAUUUAACUAGACUGAAAAUAGUGUUUGAUAUGCGAAUAAUUGGUUACCUAAGAGAAGUUUUGUCGUCGAGAUAUAAACAUGCCAGGGGCAAAGUAUGAACAGCUGCCUAUGAGGUCAGAAGGUGAAGAAGAUGUUUUCACAAAUAAACCAAAAGCAAGAUGGUCAGAGAUGUGCUUCCAAAAAAGUUUGCUGUCCUUGGGGCUGAUCCUGUUGUACUUCGCGCUGUCGAUUGGGCUCACCUUUUAUCAAAGAUGGUUAUUAACGGAUUUCAAAUUCCCCUUGACGGUGGUAAUGUACCACCUCAUAGUCAAAUGGAUUUUGGCAGUCUGCGUGAGGGUGGUGCUCCAGCUUAUCACGGGGACGCCACAACUGAUUCUGCCAUUCAUGACUUGUCUCAAGUCCGUUGGCCCCACUGGCCUGGCCAGUGGCAUUGAUGUGGGGUUCUCCAACUGGGGACUGGAGUUGGUCACCAUCUCCCUCUACACGAUGACGAAGUCCACCACUAUCAUCUUCAUCUUGUUCUUUGCGAUCCUGCUGGGACUCGAGAAGAAGUCGUGGUCUCUCGUGGGCAUCGUGCUGAUGAUCUCAGCGGGCCUCAUCAUGUUCACGUAUAAGGCCACGCAAUUCAACCUGCUUGGCUUCAACUUCCUGCUCAUCGCGUCUUUCGCGGCCGGCCUGCGAUGGACAUUCGCGCAGCUGCUGAUGCAAAAGUCCAAGCUGGGUCUCCACAACCCGGUCGACAUGGUAUUCCACGUACAGCCCUGGAUGUUCGUGUCGCUCCUGCCAUUCACUAUCAUGUUUGAAGGGGUCGCAUGCUACGACUACCUUCAGAAGCUGUCGGCAGAGAAACUGCUGCCCACGAUCCUGAAGGUGUCGGUUGGAGCCACGAUCGCGUUCGCUAUGGAGAUCAGCGAAUUCCUAGUCGUCACGUACACAUCUAGUCUCACCUUAUCCAUCUCUGGAAUAUUUAAGGAGAUGUGCAUCCUGGUGCUCGCGGUGGAGGUAAGCGGGGACGUGCUGUCUCCGAUCAACGUGGUGGGGCUGGCCGUGUGUCUGCUGGGCAUCUGCGGCCACAUCAUACACAAGGUCAUGUUCAUCAAGUCCGUGACGGGCACCAUCCAAGCUGUCGACGCGGAGUUUAAUGCCAUCCGGAGGCCACUGAAGAUACCAGGCGAGCAUGAUAAACCUCUUCUAGAAGACCAGACAUGGCCCACGAGCGAGGAGAGCGAUUUCGACAGCAACGUAGUACUUUUCGAAGUACUACAGCGCCGCGACGGUAGGUAAACAGGUCCCAGGAGUUCCGAUUGGUCACCUCAUGUCGACGUGGGAGGGGAAUUUGUCCAGUUUUUAUUUAAUCCUAACGCAAACGCUUCUUUUUAUUUCUGAUGGAAUGAACAUGCGCAUGUUGCAUGUCAAUGUGUAAAUUAUAUAAAUUAUUAAGUAAGUAACAAAGUUUUACAUCUUUAUACGUUACUUAAAAUGUAUGUAAGGAUUAUCACCAUUAGACGGCGCAUCUUGCAGAGGUCACAAUUUGAACAUUGGUGCAGCCAUCAGAUAAACUGGUCAAAGGGAGUUUCAAGUAUUUAUUUUUUUGUCUCUAUUAUAAUAGUUUUGAUACUUCUGGUUCUUCAUGAAGUAAUUACAGUCUCUGUGUGUUGUACUAGUACCUACUUAGUGAAAACAUUGCUUAGUUCUUUGGAAAGUGAAACAAACCACCUCUCCCACAUAAUACCAUUAUGUCAUACAUUAGUAUGUUGGUAUACGUGUAUAUAUAUAUAUAGAAUUAUAGAUUGAAAUACCAAAGUAUUGGCUGAUUGUAAAAUCACAGUUUUGUAUUUCCUUACAAAAUAUCUCGACAAAAUAAUGUUUGCACUUGGGUACAUGGUACAAGUAGGUACUUGUUACUUUUUAUUUCUAAGUCAUGGCGCACAUAGUAGAUAUUUCUUCUUGAUGUUUCGAAUUCUGUGUGAAACUCUUUUCUGUGUUACGAUUUGAAAGAUGUUACAAGACUAAGGGCAGAGGGAAAGCUAUUUAUUAUCUAUGCACGUCACAAAAAAUGCUAAAAUGUUUUACAGCUAUCUGUUAAUUGGAAAAUAUAAACUUACUCAAUUUGAUGUAAUUAUUAAAACUUCAUCGGAUGUUGUUUUAAAACUAACUGUAAAUAGUCAAUACUAAAACUCUUUCAGGAUGGACAAAAUUAAAAGCUUUAGUAAGAGUUUGUUUUACGUUUAACGAAAUGAAAACGAGAUCGUGAGUUUAUUUUAUUUUACCAAAUAUAUUAUGAAUUAGCGUUAGCGGGGGCUCAGUCUCAAGGGUAAUUUACCAAUGUCUGACAAACUUCAAAUCGUAACAUAGAACUGAAUACAUAAUAUAUCUUAAUCCUAAAGUAAAUCUAGAUAUUUGGUAUUUAUCUGUAAACACAUCUACUUAUCCAGAUUUCAAAACACUAAAUGCUCUAUUCGAUAAAAGGUCAGAAAUCAGCCUGUACUAUGAAAUUUAGCACUUCCAACAAAUCUAUUUGUAAUAGUAUAUAUACAUAUAUUUAGAAAUAAAGUUUAAAGAUAAAAUGUGUCUACAACAUGUGUAUGUUGUAUUUAUAUCUAUCAAUAUACGUUCAUUCUUGAGCACUGUAAUGCCUGUGGAUAGCGUAUGCACGUAGAAAAAAGUUCAUAUCAAUCUCAAAAUUAAAUUAAUUAGGUUAUUCGGUUUAUUUAUGAGAAUUAAGACGAGGUACACUCGACAAGGCGAUCAUGCAUACCAUGAUUUUGAGCAGCAUGCGGUCCAAAAGACGCGCGGUACAGCGUAUAUCGUGGCUGCGACGAGCUUGCAAACUUUCGAGCUACCUCGUCACACAGCUACGUGAGUAAACCAUUUGACGUAAUUAAUUUAUCACAAAACGACAUAUUACGAGCAUUUCACAUUUAUACACCAGUCAUUUUAAGUUUGGUUUACACUACCAAUUUGUACUCCUUCAAAUUAUGAAACGGAAAAGUAUAAUUCAAAAUGAUGCUCAAUGGUAUUAGUAUGUGAUUAUAGACGCAUGUUUAAGUAGAUAUAUUAUGUUCAGGAGAAUGCACAUUAAGCUAGCCGGACCUAUCAAAUUCCUUUCAUUGUCAUCGUUCCGUUUCUAUGCACUACUGCAUAGCCUCUCCUAUAGCACUCCACUGAGCAUGUUGGGCGCCCUACAGCCUACCUACGUUUGCCUAGGUAGUCUUCACUCCAGAACACGCUUUUUCAAUCAGUUUGUCGACAAAUAUAACCGGCUUACUGCCAUUACAGCUUCAUAAUGCUUUGAAUACAUUUUGAAUUUUUUGGAUCACCUCGUUUCAUAUUUGAUCCUUCAGACAGACUCCGCGUUACGUCAUUUCUGUGUCCACGUCUCACACGACACACAGGACACGCUCAUUGAAGUCUUUGGUCUUUAAGCUUUGAAAUAUUUGUGAUUUGACAGACAAUGGUGGCUUAAUGUGCAAGUGUCUACAUAUUAUUAUGGCUAGUCUAAACUACACUUAGGCACUAUAUGCAUGCACUCAGCUAGAGAAACGUAGUUACAGUAAAUACGUACAGACGUCGCUGUAUAUUCUAUACACGUAUCAACAUGAAGCAAGUACAAAGAGAAGAUGCCAUAAUGUGAGUGCAAUGCACUGUGACACAAAAAAUCGGCCCUACCCAAUUAUAUUAUAAGAAACCAGGUGUAGAUAGGUUAUUAAGCGCUCAGAAAGUGACACAUUAAAAUAUCGACAAUAGGCAACGUUUUUGUAAUAUGAUACCGCUGGAUGGAAAAUAGAGAGGGGCGUAGUUUGUACCGUCGUAAAGUGUCACGUAUUAUGCCUAAGGGAGUUCCAGUUAUGACAUCUCCUCUUUGUAUUUGCUUCAUGCGUAUGAAGCAUGAUUUAUACUGCAUUAAUAUAUUUCAUUGCUAAACGCUAUACCGACUUAACUGUUUAGAUGAAGAGUUUUAUUCAAAAUCUAAUGCUGCUUGCCAACAUCAACUAAAUAGCGAAGCGAUUCACUGAUAAAAACAAAAAAAAAACUAACUUAACAACUAUUUAUUAAGACAUAAGCAACUACUAGCGCCAAAAACAAACUAUCUGAUGGACAUAAACUCUGAAAAACAUUAUGUACCUACAUCUUCCAUCUAAACACUUAAGGUUCCAUCUAUUAUUUUUAUUUAGAGAAGUGACAUGGGGUACAUUCAUCAUUUCGGUAACGGGUAAGCAUUAAAUAUAAAAUCUAAUUAACAACCAUUCAUUAUUAAUUUACUACUGCAUCUUCGUCAAUGAAAUGAGUGCAUAAACGAUAGUGCGCGCGGAACUAGUUGGCCGCUCUCUAGGUGGCGACAGGGACGCCAGGGCGACUUGCCUACUGUUUGCAACGACAUAUGAGAUUAAACAAUGAUGACCCAUCUCGAGAUAUAAUCAACAAUAAUUGUUUAAUAGUUGAAAAUAAUAAAUAAAAAAAAUAUAAAAAUAACAAUAAGUUUAACGCGAGCAGCCAACUAGUUGUCGUGUACUAUAACCAGUUUAUGCACUUGUUUUUUUAGUAUGUUGUUAGUUUAAAAAAAUAAUUAAUAAUGUUUCUCAAAGGUUUGUUAAAUUGAUAAUCAACUAACAUAAACAUGUCAGUUGCGCCAAAGUGUACCUUAAAAUAGUUAUUGCCGUAAAACGAUAAUACAGUAACAGCAAAUGCUUCAUAGUCACCCAUAUACUUAUGUAUAUCUAAAACUUCAUAAUGCGUUUUCAGACUAAAAGUCAACCGAAUUUUGUGAAUGUACUUAUAAGAUGCAGUGGUAACAAAAAUCUCGAAAUAAGUGGUGGGCAUACUUUGAAAUGUUAAAUUUGAAUUUUAAAGAAAGAUAAUAAGGUUCGUGUUUCUUUCGCAAUUGAUAACCUAAUGAAGUCCUCGUCUAAAAUUGUAGCGUGUUGUAUUCAUAUUACAGCCUAAUUUCCUUGAGUUUUUGGAUUGGCUGAAUUUGUAGGACCUAGUUGUGUCGGAGGACCACCAUCUCGCGCGGCCCAAAGUUUUCCUACCACUUCUUUGCAUAAUUUGACAGACAUCUUCCUCAAUAUACACUGCAAGUCUUUAAAAAGUGCACAUAUCAAAAUGGGAAAAUUUGAUUAAGUAUAAUUGUAUGUUACUCUAACUAGAAUGUAAUCAAAACGGUAUAACUUGCUAUAAGUUACCUAAUACCUAUUAUUAUGAAACUAACUCCGUAAUGAUUGGAAUAAUAAACAAGUGAUAGGAAUAGGUAGUGCUCAUUAGCCUAAACUUUGAGAGAGAACAGAGAAAAGAAACGGAGACUUCUAUAGUAGGAUAUUUUCUCCCGGACAACACUUAAAUACAUUAAAAAAUUAUGUUAUUUGGAAUAAGUUCGUGUUGUUUACCUAAAGUUUGCGAAUAGACAUAACAUAACACAGUCGUUACAACUAUCAACUUUUCUGAACAUUUUCUUGUUGGAGAACAUUUUGUAAAUGACUUGUUGAUAUUGAAACUAUGAGACCCAGUCUUUGUUUUAAGAGCCGUACACGUUUCGAAGUAAAUGUUUGCUUUUGAGCUCGCUCUUGGCCAUGUUUGUUGAGAUUUCUAAAGUUCAAGUGUAUAAUUUUAUUAUAACUUUCGUGAGACAUGCUAAAUUAAUUAUUAUGUAACCGGCUUAGUCACGUAACUGUUUGACGAGGAACUCGACUAGUUUCAAGCCAUAUUGUCGCACUGCUGCUGACAAUAGCAGCGGCAGUGCGACAAUCGCCGCGUCGUGUGUCGCAGAAUGCUACUCAUAAAUAUGAGCCUCUAGCAUGGCUUGAAACCAGUCAAGUUCCUCGACAAACAGUUACGUGAGAAAGCCGAUUACAUAAUAACUAAUUCAAGUGUAUAAUUGAAAUCAAAACUGACAAUUGUUUUUAAAAAGAAUAAUAAGAUCAUUUUUAACAUGUGAAAUGUAUAUAAUAAACUACAUGAACUUAUUCCAAAUAAUACAUAUAAUUAUUUAAUGUAUUUAAGUUUUGUAUGGAAAAAAUAUAGUACUAAGAAAGUUUCCGUUUCUUUUCUCUGUUCUUCAAAGUUUAGCUAAUAAGCACUACCUAUUCCUAUCACUAUCUAUAAGGGCUCUUCAUAAAAUAAAAAAUGAGCGACAAUCAUCAAUUAAUAUUUUUAUUUAAAAUAGUUAUUUUUUCAUAAUCAUAUUUGUACAAUAAUUCUUAUAUUUUUAUGUUUUUCUCUCACAUUGAUAUGCACAGCUUAUAAAGACUCGCAAUGUAGAUCAUACAAAUGGGUGUUUCUUCAAAAAUCUAUAACUUUUAUUUAACAAAUCAUUAUUCUCCGGCAUUAUUAAGCAUCGUGGCAGCUUAUUAUCAUCCAUAGUUUUAUUGGAUUUGUUGAGACACACACGACACGCAGAAUUAUUAAUAAUUAUAAUAUUUGUGAACUUUUUGAAGAAUCCCCCAAUUAUGUUUGGGUCACCAGUUCAUAGCAACACAAUACGAUGUAUUUUGUAACAAAUUCAUUGACUCAUCAUAUUUAUAUAUAUACUUUUUGGUUUAUUUAUAGUGCCCAAAUAUUAUAGUCGUUGGAGGAACGGAAACUUCCAACGACUGAAAUCCGCGUACGAGUAGACAGAAUUUUCCAGAACUAUGCAGGCUACUCCUGAGACUGUGGAUACUAAGUGCCUGGAUUCAUUAUAAUUUACUCGUUCGGGCUGGACAAUAUUCUAUUUUAAGUACUUAUGCUGCUUACUUUCUAUUGUUUCACACACACAUGGACUAUUACAAUACCAAGACAAUUUAAACUUAUCGAUAAUAACUCUUUUAUAAAAAUGUACUCAAAAUACCAACUACUCAAUACAUACUUUUAAAAAUAAAAAAAUAUCGAAAAAGGAACUUUGGAUUGUAUGUUUGAUAGGUAUCUAACCGUAGAGAAGCUCGAAUGGUGAUACACUUUUUUAGAUUAGCAUAUAACAUGUGGCUAAGUUCAUACGAUCGCGCGGAGUACAAGAUCGAAGUAAACAGCUAGUGUUGUCCACAUCACCGCGCGUCGCGCUACAACCCGCGCGCUAGAGACGCUCGAGGUCGAUGCUCUGAAAUAUACGAAAUCGUAAGAGUAUAGAUUUAAUAUUCCUAAAGUGAGAUUAACUGUUCAGUUGAGACGGAUAGACGCAUAGAUUCAAGAAAAAAAUGAUCACCGAACGCGGCCACAUUGUAUCUGUCGAUUUGCUUAUCGACGACAUUCAUCACAGUCAUAUAAAAAUUCUAAUCACAAUCAUAUAAAAAUCAAAAGAUGCAACAAACGUCCUGAAGUAGUUACAAAAAAUUCUUCAUGUAGUCUCAGGUCGGGAUAUAAAGUUAUCCCACCCAAAACAUAAAUGUGAAAGGCUGCCAAGUUCGAUAAUAUUGGAAUGCUUCGCCUAUAAAAGAAGUGAGAUCUAAAUAAGUACCAAGUUCCAUACACAGACCUCAGUUAAAAAUGAUAUAACAAGUUGGCAAGUUUUCACACACUUUGUUAUAAACCUACU